UCAUGGAGUGCUCGUACGCAAACGAGACGAUGGUGGAGUCAGCAAUGGUGAGCCACCUAAAAGGGGUGGGGCGGCUGUUCUACCUCAUCACCCCGCAAGAACACAUGUUUGAGAAAAAGGAGGAUGUGCCUAACUUCUUUAAACAGUCAUGGCCGUAUUUCCUGAUAUUCAUGGUGCUGGAGCACAUAGUUUUAAGGCUAGAAGGCAAGCCUGGGAUCAGACUGAACGACGGAAUCACCAGCAUCUCCCACGGGAUUCUACAGGAAUGUGGCAGAUUAUUAUGGCGAGGCGCCGAAUCGUACCUAUACACAUGGAUAUACACCAACUUCAGAAUAGUGGACUUACCAUGGGACAACGUGUGGACGUGGUACGCAGCAGCUUUGGGGGUUGACUUCUGUUACUAUUGGAUGCACAGAGCAUGUCAUGAGGUGCACAUCUUAUGGGCACAACAUCAAGUACAUCACACGUCGGAAGAUUUCAACAUGGGUGUCGGAAUCAGACAGUCUAUAUUGCAGGGAUGGUGCGGAUUCAUCUUCUAUCUCCCUCUGGCGCUGGCCAUUCCCCCAGCCCAGUUCGUGAUGCACCACCAGUUCAGCUACCUGUACAUGUUCUGGAUCCACACUGAAGCCAUUAAAAGCCUAGGACCUCUGGAGUACAUCCUCAACACUCCUAGCCACCAUAGAGUACAUCAUGGCAGCAACAAAUACUGCUUAGACGUGAACUACGGAGGCGUCCUGAUCAUCUGGGACAGGCUGUUCGGCACUUUCCGUCCCGAGACGGACAAGAUCCAAAUCGUCUACGGCCUGAUUUACAACCAGCCUUCUUUCAACCCCAUGUAUUUACAGGCGUUUUACACAGGCUACGUGGUGGAGAAGUUCCGUCGGCUAGAAACAGCUGGUGACAAGUUCAGGGCGAUAUUCUGGGGGCCAAGCUGGGAGCCGGGUCAGGCGAGGCUGGGAGAUGAAGACCAGAAAAUAGAUAUUGAACAGAGAGAGAAAUACGACGUAGCGCUACCGGCGUGGUGCAAUCUUUAUCUGGUGUUGCAUUACGCAGUGGUCUUCUACGGGUUCUUCGAGCUCGCUUCUAGAUACAUGGGCAUGUCCCCACUCUCCGUCCUGAUCUCCGUCUGCUACAUCAUCUGGUCCCUCACGGUCAUCGGGAUGCUCUUCGACUCCUCAACCUACGCUCCCCUCAUGGAAGUCCUCCGCUGUUCCGCCCUGGCCUUCCUCACGAGGAGUCUGGCCAUCAGCCCAGGCUACGGGACCGCGUUACAGAUAGUGUAUGUGGCUUCUGCGAUGUUCUGGUGCCUGUAUACUUUGAAGUUGCUUGAGAUUAAGAAGACGAAGAAGGUUGAGUGAAGAGUUGAUAGGCGCUACGCAAGAGUUGUCUGCAUUAGUUAAGGAUACGUG